ACGGCAACUAAUAGAGUAAAAAGAGUUUCGGCGUCUCACCAAGUGGAACGGCCGCUCCCCGCCCCAUCAUGCGAGGGAUCUGGAGCCAAGUGAUUACCCUGGCGGUAAUUUUUCAAAUCGCUCUAGUUUCUGGAAAGGCAUUACCUCAACAAAAUCAACAAGCACAACCUCAAGUGGUACAAGCACCUCCUCUCGGCAAGGAAGCUCAAAGACGCGACGGGUACGAUUACCCGGCGCCGCCGUCUGACGGCUUUAACCCAUUUCAAGACAGCGAUGAUUUACAUGCGCAUGGCGACCACCAUGAAGUAGUCGAUCACCAUGACGACCACAGCGACCACCACGAUGACCACGAACACCACGAUCACCACGCAGAGCAUACCUUUGAAGAACACCAUGAGGAGCAUCAUGAUUAUCACGAUCAUCAUGAUCACCAUGACCCAGGUUACUGGAAAAAGAAACUUAUCUGGAAGCCCGGAUGGAAGAAAAUCUGGAAGCCGGCCAAGAAACAAAUUUGGAAGCCUUCUUGGAAAAAAAUAUGGAAGCCGAUUUGGGUACCCACUAAGAUCCCCGUUUGGAAAGAAAUUAAAGUCCCUGACUGGAAAAAAAUAUACAAGCCAGAAUGGAAGCCUAUUAAAGUACCAGCUUGGAAGGAAGUGAAGGUACCAGAUUGGAAGAAGAUAACUGUCCCCGUUUACAAGGAUAUUGUAGUGCCAGGUUGGAAGGAUAUCCAAGUUCCCGCAUGGAAAAAAAUCUGGGUACCUGAAUGGGUCAAAGUCGGCAUACCAGGUGAAAAAUAUUUGGGUAAAGACCAUGAUGGUUGGGAAUACACCUCACAUGACCUCUGGAAGAAAAAACUCGUCUGGAAACCUGUAUGGAAGAAAUACUGGAAACCCUCUAAGAAACAAAUUUGGAUCCCCGACAAGAAAUUAGUCUGGAAAGAUGAAUGGAAACAGAUUUGGAAAACCGAAAAAAAGCAAAUUUGGGUUGACGACAAAAAAUUAGUAUGGAAAGAAGCUUGGCAACAAAUCUGGAAGCCAUCGAAGAAACUAAUUUGGGUACCAGACAAGAAGCUGGAGUGGAAGGAAGCCUGGAAACAGAUUUGGGUACCUGCCUGGAAAGAUAUCUGGGUGCCGGGCGUCAAGAAAAUCUGGCGUCCGGUUUGGAUAUCUGAAUGGUUCCCUUCUCCAGAUCAUCAUGAACAUGUGCAUGAGUCUCACGGAUGGGAACGAAGCGACAAUGACUUAGCUGCAAGCCAAAAAUUGGUCGCCGUUAAAGAACCACCACCGAAAAUUGCACCAAUACAGCCUCAACAAUCGACAUGGCAAUUUCCUAAAUAAAAACUUUGAGCUUGUUAUGGAAUAACUUAUCAAAUAUUUAUGCCAAUAAUUCUGUAAAUAUUAAACGUCUUGACGACACAAGCGAUUGCUGCCAUAUAAAAUUAAGACUGUGAAAACAUUCCAUAGAGGCGCCUCUCCUGAAUUAACAACUUUGAUUUCCCUUAUAGUCAACGGUAUAUAAUAUGAAUGUACAUGCGAUGCGAAAUGUAAGCCAGCGAGGCGAUUUUUUUUUCUGAUUAUAUUAUGCUUGUACAUAGAACACGCAGACGUUCGAUAUAAUUGUGUAGCUCGUUUUUUUGUAGCAGCUAAAGCUUUAAGUUUGUUUGCUGUAGUUACCAGUAUAAGUCUGAGUAGUAUGUGUAAAUGCUGUGUGUUUUAAUUUGUAGGUUGACAUAAAAAAUAUGAACUUGGUAUUUAUGGUAGAAAUCAAAACGAACUGAUUAAAAUUCCACAAUGUAGCUGUAUAGACGUAAUAUUUCGUUAACGCGCAGGUAAUAAAUACAUAUAAGAUUUCGUUUCAGUAUAUUUCAAAAUGUUGUAUAUUAUUAUACUUAUUUUCUUAUAUUUCAAUUACACAAAAAUUCUGAUACCCCAGUAUAAGAAUAAAACAGUCUUAGGUAAUUAUUUUAUACAUAAGCUGUAAUCUGAAAUUAACUCUGAUAGUAAUGUAAAUUUAAAAAAAAAUCGUGAUGAGUAUUUCCAUACCUAUAUUGUGUAGGUGUAUAAUCGAACCCUAAUGCUUCGUUUGUAUUUUUAACAUAACUGCCUAGUUUGCAAUACUCUGUACCAUUGAUGGUUUGUGUUUUGUUGUUAAUUAGAUUUUUAAGUUUAUUGUUAUUUCUUUUUAGUAUUAAUUAGUUUUCAUGCGAAACCAAUGAAAUA